CCAGAGAAGUGCUGAAGACCUGGAUAUUAUUUAUGAGGAGUUGCUGCACGUCCGCGUUCUGUCCCACCUCUCCAGUACGGUGUGCAGACAACUCGCUGGGGUCAUACAUUUUGAAUCACAUUCGAAAGCUGGAACUGUCUUGUUCCGUCAGGGGGACAGCGGGAGUUCCUGGUACAUCAUCUGGAGGGGAUCCGUCAGUGUCCUCACCCAUCGCCAGGGUGUGGUCUCCACCCUCCAGGAGGGAGAUGAUUUCGGCGAGUUGGCAUUAGUCAAUGACGCUCCGCGUGCAGCCACCAUCGUCCUUCGUGAAGACCACUGCCUCUUCCUCCGAGUCGAUAAGGAAGACUUCAAACGCAUCCUGAAGGAUGUGGAGGCAAACACAGUCCACCUGAAAGAACAUGGGCAGGAUGUGCUAGUUUUGGAGAAAUUCCAACCAACCGUUAGCCCUGGGCAGGGUCGCUCACCUGCCAGGUACCUGGUCAUGUCCGGGACUCCGGAGAAGAUACUGGAAUAUCUGCUGGACACCGUCAGCUUGGAGACCAACUACUGCAACCCAACAGAUUCGUUCCUUGGGGAUUUCCUCCGGAUGCACAGCAUCUUCAUGCCAACAGCCCAGCUCCACAGAGCCCUGCUCACCCAUUACAGGGGCCGUGACCCCGGUCCAGAGGAGGUGGUAGUGCAGGAGGGAAUGGCCGGCAGGGCUGACCCAUCUGUGGCCAUGAAGGAGAAGGUGUUGCACCUGGUCACCCAGUGGGUGAGCCUUCUGGGGGCGCGGGCACAGGAAGAUCCCGCGGUGCUGGCCCUCCUACAGGAGCUGCGUUCGCUCGUUCUGAACGAUGCCGAGUUGGGGGAACACGCGGAGAACGAUGGCGUUUCCUACAACACGAAACACGAGACAACAAGGAACACAAGUGUACGAGAGAAGCUCAGGAACUGGGUGUGGAUUCUGGACCGUGUCCCUGGGAGGUGCGACAGGACGGGGUCAAGCCCCAGAGAGCGCGAGCCGGUGAGACGUUCGGAGAGGGGGAGCAGUGCCUCAGUGGGGCAUGGACAUCGUCUCAGUGUCUGCCCCUGGGAGGGGACGCACGACCCGUGCCCACCCCCAGCCCCGCAAGGUCCCCACCUGGGAUUGGACACCCUCCUGGAGGGAUACAGCUCCAAGGAACUGGCUAACCACCUCAACGCGUACGACUGGGAGAUCUUCCAACGCAUCCACGAGCUGGAUGUGGUCGAACAUGUGGUGGGCCGAGGAGAGGGGGUCAGUGGAGGUGGCCGUACCCACCUGGACAGUUACUUGACCAGGUUUAACCUGCUCCAGUACUGGGUGGUCACUGGGAUCUGCCUGUGCGCUCACCUGGGGAGGCGCAGCGCCCUGCUGAGGAAGUUCAUCAAGAUGGCCGCCCGGUGUAAGGAGCUGAGGAACAUGAACUCCUUCUUUGCCUUGAUGUUCGGACUCAGUAACGCCGCGGUCAGGCGCCUCUCCCUGACCUGGGAGCGAUUACCCAGCAAACACAGGGGGAUCUUUCAGGACCUCGAGCGCUUACUGGAUCCAUCCCGGAACCACUGGGUCUACAGACAGACGGUCAGGAAGUUCAACUCCGCCUACCUCCCGUUCCUCCCAUUGCUCCUCAAAGACCUGACAUUUAUUCACGAGGGAAACAAAACCUACUUGAACGGCCUCGUGAACUUCGAGAAAAUGCGAAUGUUAUCGCGAGUGGUGAGUGUGGUCCCACGGUGUCAGUGUAACCAGGACGUGUCGGAGCCCUCGCUGGGCGAGAGGAGGGAGCAGACCCUCAGGGUCUCCCUGAGGGAGCUCAGGGGGAUCGAUAACCAGGGGACACUGAACCAACUCUCGCUGGAACUGGAGCCUCCGAGGGACCGGGGACCCGCGAAUCCUCCCACAGCCAAAUAGCCCCACCAACCGUCCGGAAUAUUCCGCCCAUUCGAGGCGACAGCACCCCAUUAACCACCCGACACUGUCCACCAACAACCCACCAUCCACACCGUCCAACCCUCCAUCCCCCCCCUCUCUUUGUCCCUCCCUCCCUCUAUCCCUCCCUCUCUCUCUCUCUGUCUCUAUCUCUCUGUCCCUCCCUCUCUGUCGCUCCCUCUCUCUCUCCCUCUCUGUCUCUCUGUCCCUCCCUCUCUCUCUCCCUCUCUGUCCCUAUCUCUGACCCUCUCUCUGACCCUCUCUCUAUCCCUCCCUCUCUGUCUCUCUGUCACUAUCUCUCUAGCCCUCCCUCUGUGUCCUUCCCUCUGUCUCUCUCUCUCUCUUUGUCUGAGACUGUCUCUAUCUCUCCAUCCCUCCCUCUCAGUCUGUCUCUCUGUCCCUCCCUCCCUCUCUCUAUCCCUCCCUCCCUGUCUCUCUCCCUCUCUCUCUCCCUCUCUCUCUCCCUCUCUGUCACUUUCUCUCUAACCCUCCCUCUGUGUCCUUCCCUCUGUCUCUCUCUCUCUUUGUCUGAGACUGUCUCUAUCUCUCUAUCCUUCCCUCUCAGUCUGU